AUGGCUAACAAAGUAAGGGAGACCCUUCGCUUAUACCAAGUUAUCUGCAGAAAGCUCUUACAAUGAGAAGAAUCGACAGUGUGGACACAAGGAUACUUGAGAAGAAGGAUUGAUCUACAAGUAGAUAAGAUUAUCAGGGCUAGAGGAGUUAAGACAGGCAAACGGCUAAUAGGAUAAGUGCCAGGAGUUGAAGUGAAUGACCAAUUUUAGUAUAGGGUGGAGCUUACACUUGUUGGUGUUCAUCGACCUUACCAAGGCGGCAUUGAUUACAUGAAACAUGGUGAAAUGAUCAUUGUAACAAGUAUUGUUUCCUUUGGUAGUUACGCCGAUGAUUUGGACAACCCUGAUGUUUUGGUUUAUUCUGGUCAGGGAGGAAAUGUAGUAGGUAAGGUCAAACGACUUGAAGACCAGAAGCUUCAAAAAGGGAACUUGGCUCUGAAAAAUAGUAUAUCAGUGAAGAAUCCAAUCAGGGUAGUCCAUGGAUUUAAAGAGACAAAAGCCUCUGGCUUGGAUGCAUCAGAAAAGAUUGUUCUUACAUAUAACUAAAAUGGCUUGUAUAUAGUUGAGAGGUACUGGCAAGAGGUUGGACCAUAUGGGAAGUUGGUUUACAUGUUUGAGUUGAAGAGAAUGCCGGGCCAACCAGAGGUUUCUUGGAAAGAAGCAAAGAAAUCGAAAAAGUACAAAGUACAAGGGGGGUUUGUGUUAGUGAUGUAUCAGGAGGGAAAGAGUCAUUUCCCAUUAAUUUGUGCUGUCAACACCAAAAGCAAAGAGAAACCACCGAAAUUCAAUUACGUAACUCUGAUGAUAUAUCCUUAUUGGUACCACUCUUCUCUUCCCAGGGGUUGUGAUUGUAUUGGUGGAUGCUCAUCUCUAAAAAAAUGCUCAUGUUUGGUCAAGAAUGGUGGAGAGUUUCCAUAUAUCUACAACGAUGCUAUCGUGGAGGCAAAGUCUUUGGUCUAUGAGUGUGGCCCAGCUUGCAAGUGCCCUCCUUCUUGCUGUAAUAGAGUCAGCCAACAUGGAAUUCGAAUUUAGCUUGAAAUCUUCAAAGCACAGUUGAGGGGCUGAGGUGUCAGAUCCCUAGCUGCCAUUCCUUCAAGAAGUUUUAUAUGCGAGUACCAUGGCGAGCUGCUUGAGGACAAAGAGGCUGAACAAAGAUAAAACGAUGAGUAUUUGUUUGAUAUUGGGAAAAACUAUAGUGAUUGUUUUCUUGUUGGACUUUCUAGUAGAGUUAUGGAAGGUAGUUGUUUCACAAUAGAUGCAACACAACGUGCUAAUGUGGGGAGGUUCAUCAACCACAGUUGUUCCCCUAACCUCUAUGCACAGAAUGUCCUCUAUGAUCACGAGGACAAGAGGAUGCCCCACAUAAUGCUCUUUGCUGCUGAGAAUAUUCCCCUGAAGGAAUUGACUUACCACUACAACUAUGUAGUGGAUCAAGUUCGAAAUUCAGACGGUGAAAUUAGAAUGAAGACGUGCUACUGUGGUUCUGCAGAUUAGUGCACCAAGAGGAUAUAUUAACUUGGGGAAGAAAGAGGUUGGAUAUUCAUCCAGAGGUGGGGAUCCCUUUGUUAGUGUAAGAGUUGUUUCUGGAUGGUUUCUGUUUUUAGGAUCUGCUUAUAAUUGUUGCAAUAUGAGCAAGAGUUGAAAGAAGGGUUAAAUUUUUUUAGUAUUUUGGGAAUUGGGACAGUGUUCUUAGUUGGUGGCAGCUGAACAUUAAUCUUCCAUCAAUUCUUUGACUGUAGGUUCUCAAGUUGUUGCUAUAUGACACAUUUCCGAUUAGGAAUGGAUUGCUUGGCAGCAAUUUUGCUCCAGUUGACUGGCUACUCUAUUAAGGCUACUCCCUACUACAGGUCAGACCACUGCACUCGGAUAAGAAAUUAGUUAGAUGAUAUAGCACGUCGUUUGGAGUUA